UCAUUUCAGUUUAAAGUCAGUUCGUCCAUAGAAUAACAUUGAUUAAAAAAUGUUAUUAUUGCGGGGCAGAAAGAUUUUAAGAAAUAUAUAUCAUUUUAAUAAAGGACAACAGAAGACAAUAAAUUUAAACUAAACCCGCAACUGUUUUACUUAUCGUUCAGCACCUAAACCUGAGAGAAGCCAGAUAAUAUUAAGUGAAAUUUCAGGUGGAAUAAUGUGGUGGUGGAUCUUUUGGAAUGCAUGGUACGACUAUGAACAUAUUAUUGGUCAUUUCCCUGACAUAAGACCAAUAGAAUGGACAGAUGAAGAAUUAGGAAUUCCACCAGAUUAUUAAGUAUUCAGGUAG